AUGGAGAUGAUUAUGACCCGCGCGAAAGGGCAAGUGUACACAACUGAUGCCGCUCGGUUUGACGAGGAGGCGCGCGCCGAACCUGAUGUGAAUGAGGAGCUGCGCAUCAAGGCGGAGAGUCAGAAGGCGAUUGCAGGGGUUUAUCAGAAGGAGAACGGGCGCCUCGCUGAAGAAAUGAAAAGCGCCCUGGUGCUUUUAACGCACCUUGCUAAGAAGGUCCAGCAAGUGGACCAGUCGCAGCUCGACUGGAAGAAAUACAUCAAGGAAGCUUGCGACGAUUUCCUGUUCAAGCAGGAGACGCUCAACCUCAACCCCGACUCUGAAACCAUGCUCAAUGCUUUGAUAAGGAAGGCGGGAUACACCCCCGAGUCACCCGAAGGACUGCAAGUGGCUGCGAUUGCCAAGUCCCAGGGCAAGCUCAAGGAUGCGAGCGAGCGGUUCAACGACCGUAUUGGGAAGAUUUACCGCUUCUGUCGCUGUUACGGUUUGAGCCGUGAGCCUUGCAUCUUCAUGAGGGAAAAGCGCACCCUUAAGGGCGAGCUUACCUUCGCCGAGCUCGAGGACUUCGCGAAGCUGUGCGUGAACUACGUGACUAACAACUCCGACUUGUUUUUGGGCACCUAUUGGCAUGUGUGGGAGGGCACGCCGUUCUCCAGUCCAGGGUUUGUCAAGUGCGCUGCUCUCUGGGACUCCGAAUUUGACGGAAGUCUUCCCAUCGCCCUGUUUCCUGACCAGUUGCUUGUCAUCCUUGCUGCGCGCUGCCGCAGCGGCAAGGCGACCGUGACGGUGCGCGUCAUUGGCGCGACGAGCACGGACAAGCAGAUCUCGCUCUCCCCCGUCUCCUGGUCCAAGAUCGUGCAGGGAUCCGACCCCGUUAGCGUCACGUACAAGCGCACCAACUGCCAUUCCACCCUCGGAUCCGCGGUGCGCGUGCGCUCAACUCGACGGCGGGGCACUUCAACAUUCGUGGGUCUCGCCGGCCCCGGUACGCUCAAGGCGGUCGAGAUCAGCGCGGACGGAAAAGAAUGGGAGAAGCUGACGCGCGACGGCAGCAAGGCGAUCUGGGGGAUCAAGGGCAAGGAGGCGAAGGAGGUUGUGGGCGCAAAGAAGGCGGUGAGCGUUCGGCUGACUGCGGGACACACGCUGGAGAAGAUUACUCUCGACAAGGUCAUUCCCGCCGACUGGAAGCCGCAGACGCUCUACUCGAGCAAGACCAACUUCAAGAAGCUCAUGGCCGAGAGCAAGUAA